AUGGCCGUAGACAGCUUCUUGGAGUCUGUGAAACCUCCGGAGUCAGCAGAAGACUUGGUGGACUGGUUCCUGUUCCGUGUCCAGCGUGAGCCGUGGGCACUAGGUGGCGCUGUGGUGGUCGCUGUCUUCAUCUUAGGGACCAUCUGUCUGAUGGUGUUUGCCCUGGUGUACGGAUGCUGCUGUAACACAUCAGAGAUGACCCCUACCAGGAAGAAAAUACAGAACCAGAUCAUAUAG